AGAAACGCAUCAGUCAUGUUAUAAGAAUUUUGUGAUAUCAAAUUUAUUAUUAUUUUUUCUAACAGUUUGGUAAUGUGAAUUUGAUUUGUUAGCUUCAGUUAUGAAGCAACCGCCGGUCAGUUGGGCACUUGUGUGGCUCUUUUUUUCCGUUUUUUAUCCAAAUUCAGUCAAAUCCCACCACAUUCUUGGCCUCUUUGUUAAUAUGCAUCGAUCCCAGUUGCUGGUCCACUUGGCGGUGUGCCAAGCCCUCCUUCAGAAGGGCCACCAGUUGACUUUGGUGACCACCUUACCCCUGGAGAAUCACGAAAUUGAGAAAAAUGUAACACAUAUCUUGAUUACCUGGAAGCAGCCAAAGGACGAAGAUCCCCAAGGAUCUCAAAGUGAUUUUUUUGGACGUCUACAAAGGAUGUUCCAGCGAUUGGAAAAGUCGGAAGAACUACUCCAUUUGCCGGAGUGGAAAUCAUUUCUUAAUAGAUUCUCUUCCCGAAAAUUUGAUCUACUACUUUUGGGUUAUCACUUCAAUGAUCAUCUACUGGGAGUGGCUACCCAUUUUGACUGUCCAGUGGCUAUUAUAACCACCCAACAGCCUACGGGUUUUGUUAAUAAUCUCAUGGGGAAUCCAGAAGAACGUUGGUACGUUUCCCAGCCAUACGACAGUCAUCAAAGGAGUGGACUUGGUGCUUGGGUUUUUGGAGUUUGGGAGAAAAUUUUCGAAGAACUGGCUAGGAGAGUGCUACAGAAGAUUUACAGUUCUCAUUUUCCUGAACCACAUUAUCCCAGUUUUCAGACCAUGCGAAAAUCGGUUGCCUUGGCUUUAAAUAAUCAUCAUGCCAUCAGUGAAGGACCCAUUGCUCCUGUUUUGCCAAAUAUGGUGGAUAUAGGAGGCAUUGUCUUGGAGCAAAGGAUAUCGAAAGAGACAGUGGCCAUCGGAAGUCGUCCUAUCAUCCUUUUCAGCUUGGGCACUCGUUUCACUUGGAAAAACACUCCCGAGCACAUUUUGGACACAUUUGAAAGAGCUUUCGCCGAAUUUUCCGAAUAUGAUAUCUACUGGACCUACGAUGGCCCAAAUGCUGAGAAUAUAACGAUGAAAUAUCCCUUUUUAAGAGUAUCAAAGUGGUGGCCCCAAUGCCAGUUACUGGGCAGUGGAAAUGUUCGCCUGUUCAUCACCCAUGGCGGCAAGGGAAGUCUGUCUGAGGCUUUGUAUUAUGGAGUUCCCAUGCUGGGCUUACCUUUGUUGGGGGAUCAGCGAGCCAAUCUUCAAAAAAUGCAAGCCAGAAAAUGGGGCCUGACUCUGUCUACCCACAAUCUUACCCAGUUUGCUCUGUCCAAAGCAAUGUCCACAAUACUCACUAAUUCAGAUUACAAAGAAGCUAUAGCCACAGCCUCCCAACUUUACCGCGAUCGCCCUCAAAAAUCGAGCGACUUGGCAACCUAUUGGAUCGAGUAUAUUAUCCGGCAUAAUGGUGCCCACAAUUUGCAGAAUCCCGCUAGACAUCUAAGCUUCAACGAGUAUUAUUCCCUUGAUAUUUAUCUACUAGUCUAUGGGGGAUUAGUUUUAAUAAUAUUCAUAGUCAGAAAAUUAAAUCGCUUGCUAUGA